AUGACGGAUGUCAUACUCGGCAUAAUGAGAUCGCUAGAGGACCAAGGUCUGAAGAAGAGGCGUACACAUAUCCUCCUACUCUCGCCCGCUCCAUGUGUUCUGCACGACAUGUCGAAGUGUUUUCCUGAUGUCUUCAUUCAUCGGAUCAAUUCUGCCAUACUUCCCUACCGCCGCGAACCGGAGCCGCAAGACGCUGUCUGUCGAGAAUCAUGCUGUAAAAACGUCUUCAGCAGCAACUGGAGUUCCCAAGAGUCUGUUGCGAAUCGAAUCAAGCGCAUCCUGAAGAAUGCUCGCUCCGAGGCACCAGUUGGGGAAGUGACCGACCUGUCCAUCGAUCUGCGGGCCAGGGACGGCUGUGAGAUUGUCCGGUGUGAUAUAAGUCGAGACGGCACACAGCUGCGUCUUGGCCAAGUACACACCUUCUUCGCUCGUAUUCGAGUCACCAAGGCAAUGACUCGAGCUGUGGAUAUGGAAUCGAAGAAUCCAGUAUUCAACUCUAGUCUCGACGCCACAGGUUCAAGGCGGGACUUGCAGAAUGCCAUCAUCCGCGGCGCCACCAAGGUCCACCUGUUGGAUGUCCAGGUUCUCUACCGGAAUUCCAUCAACAUAUCAGAUAGUUGGAACUACACCGAGACACCGCUGCUACUUUUCACUCACCUUGGCUCCCUCUCCAUACCCUCCGACCAGUCCAUGGAAGUCUACAAGCGCCAUUACUUCCACCUCGUCAACCAGGGCACACUUCACGCCGCCAAGACGACAGCCUCGACGCUACGAUCCAGGGUCCCUGAGCAGCACCGAUUCGCCACAGACUUGCUCGACCGCAUGCUCAAGGAACUCGUCGCCCAUGAGGCUAUCCGCGCGUACGAGGACACUUUCAGACAGCGCCUUCCACUCUGCCCCGGACCCAUCGAUAUCGAGACGUCGGCCCAUGACUGGCUUGUCGAGUUGUGGAGUCGACAGAGGAGUAGGUGGAGGGGCGUGGCUGGUGUUGAUGGGAAGGGGAUAGGUGAGUUGGUCUUGGGUGUGGAUGGACUGUGA